UCACAACCGUAGCAGCAGCGAAGGAGGACGGUCUUUCCCUUUAGCUCCCAUAAACGACAACAUCAAGCAAACCCCAUCAAUCUCAAACGACAAUAAGAAGAAGAAGCAGCUGGAAGAAGCUGGCUCCUCCGGCGACGACAAAGAAAAUGUUGCUGCUAUUGUAAAUGGGUCUACUGACUCUUUUGGGGCUCCGAAGAAUUUGAGCAAUAUGAAAUCAUUUUCGACGGGUUGCAAGGCCUUCAAACCCUCUUCGCUUCAGUUUUGUAUGCAAAUGAAUGAGCCUGAGAAGGCUUUUGGUGCGUUCAAAACAUGGGAACCCAGUGAGUCAGAGCACUCUAGCUCUUUGAAGAUAUGGGACUAUUCUGAUUCUGAGGCUGCUCCUGCUUCUUCUUGGUCUACUCUCCCUAAUAAGUCUUUAAUGUGUAGACCAUUGCCUAUGGAUAUAGGAAGGUGCACUUGUGUUAUUGUUAAAGAAGCAUCCUCAGAAGGAUUUCAUGGGGGUACUCUGUAUUCUCUGUAUACCAAUGAAGGUCGAGGACGGCAAGAUAGGAAACUGGCUGUUGCUCACUGUAAGCGGCGAAAUGGGAAAACUGAGUUUACUAUUGCUCAGAGUGUGCAGGCAUUAUCUUCUAGUUCAGAUGAUAGCUUACUUGGAACUGUUACUGCUAACUUGAUGGGUUCAAAAUAUCAUAUAUGGGAUCAGGGCACUUGUCUGAAUUCUCCCAACAAACAGUCUAAAUCGCUCAUAGCUGUUGUAGGAUUUUUACCUACAAUCACCACUUGGACUGGAAGUUACAGGAGCUUGAGGGCAUACAUACCCAAGCACCAAUCCAUGCAGCUAAAGAAUACUAAUAAUACUCAGGUACAACACAUUAAGGGAUUGCCAAAGGACUGGGAGGAGAAAAAGGACAAAGUUCAUCGGUUAUUCUCAAAGGUUCCACAGUACAAUAAAAUUUCAAGGCAGUAUGAGCUAGAUUAUAGAGACAGGGGAAGAGCUGGUCUUAGAAUCCAAAGCUCAGUGAAAAAUUUUCAGCUAACUCUAGAGGAGAGAGGAAAGCAGACAAUACUGCAGCUUGGAAGAGUUGAAAAUUCGAAAUAUGUUAUGGAUUAUAGGUAUCCCUUGACAGGUUACCAAGCAUUUUGCAUAUGUCUUGCUUCUAUUGAUCCAAAGCUUUGUUGCAGCGUCUAAUGAUCUUAGUCUUUGUAGUUCAACCUCUGAACACAAACGACUCAAAUUUUCAACUAAUUUUCAACUAAUAUAAUCCGAAAGAAGGAGCCAUCAUUUCAUGUAAAAUAUGACUAGGCUAUGUCUUGAUACUACCUCAAGUGGUUUGGGGUGUGCUGUGUUUUCAGGUUUUGUCUAUUACGAGAAAACUUCAAAGUCUGUCACAAAAAUUGUAUCAAGGCAUCAAAGGUAUAAAAUGAAAUCACUCUUUUGAAUCAUUUGAUUGUACUUUUACAUACAAUUGUGGUGUAAUUUGUCCUCGUACGAAAAUAUUUAUUUAGAUGCAAA